GGCGGCCCGUCCGUCCGUCCGCGGCCCCGGCCGGUCCCCGCUCCCCGCUGCCGGGCCAUGGAGCCGGGCCGGGCCGGGCUGGGCUGGGCCGCCGCUCUGCUGCUGCUGCUGCUGGCGGCGCUGGGAGCGCAGGCGGCGGCGGGAGACUUCGACCCGUACCGCGUCCUGGGGGUGGGCCGGAGCUGCCGCCAGGCCGACAUCAAGAAGGCCUACAAGCGUCUGGCCCGGGAGUGGCACCCUGACAAAAACAAGGACCCAGGAGCAGAGGACAAAUUCAUCCAGAUCAGCAAGGCCUACGAGAUUCUCUCCAACGAGGAAAAAAGGGCCAACUUUGACCGUUAUGGAGCUGCUGGGGAAGGUCAAGGCUACUCCCAGCAACGCCAGUUCCACCACUUCCAUGAAGGCUUCUACUUUGAUGAGUCCUUCUUCCAUUUCCCUUUCAAUUCCGAGAGGCGGGACACGUCCGACGAGAAGUAUUUGCUCCAUUAUUCCCACUACAUCCAUGAAAUCGUGCCAGACAGUUUCAAGAAGCCUUACCUGAUUAAAAUCACCUCUGACUGGUGUUUCAGCUGCAUCCACAUCGAGCCAGUGUGGAAGGAAGUGGCUCAGGAGUUGGAGGUGCUGGGGGUGGGGAUCGGGGUGGUGCACGCAGGCUACGAGAGGCGCCUGGCCCAUCACCUGGGGGCUCACAGCACCCCCUCCCUGCUGGGGCUCAUCAAUGGGAAAAUCACCUUCUUCCACAACGCUGUCCUUCGGGAAAACCUGCGGCAGUUUGUGGAGAACCUUCUGCCAGGGAAUCUCGUGGAGAAGGUCACAGAUAAAAACUACAUCCAGUUUCUCUCCAACUGGAAGAAGGAAAACAAGCCCCACGUCCUUCUGUUUGACCACAUGCCAGUUGUGCCACUGUUAUAUAAGCUGACUGCCUUUGCCUACCGCGAUUACCUGUCCUUCGGUUACGUCUACGUGGGACUCCGAGGCACUGAGGAGCUGUCCCGGCAGUACAACAUCAACGUCUACACUCCCACCAUGAUGAUCUUCAAGGAGCACAUCGACAGGCCUGCUGACGUGGUGCAGGCACGAGACAUGAAGAAGCAGCUCAUUGAUGACUUCCUUUCCCAGAAUAAGUUCCUCAUGGUGGCCAGGCUCACCAACCAGAGGCUGUUCCAGGAGCUGUGUCCUGUGAAGAAGUCACACCGCCAGCGCAAGCACUGUGUGGUCUUGCUUACUGGAGAAGGUGACAAGUUUGCUGAGGCAUACGAGGCGUUUUUGAGUUUUGCUGUGGCCAACACCAAAGACACCCUGAGGUUUGUGCACAUCUACAGCGACCGGCAGCCGGAGUUUGCAGACACCUUGUUGAUGGACGAGGAGAAGUAUCGGGGAAAACCAGCCGUGGUCAUCUUGGAGAGACGCAACGAUGCCGGGAAGGUCGCCUAUAAAACCUUGGAGGAGGCCUGGCAAGGCAGCAAUGAGGACAACUUCAUCCUCCUGGAUCUCGUGGACCAGCUGAGGACAGACCCUGGCCUGCUCUCUGCAGAGACUGUCCUGGCAGACCUGAAUGAUGAGCUGGCUCCUAUGUUCCUUAUCCGAUGGCUCUACUCCACCCUGGAAUAUAUCACAGACUGCUGGGACAGUUUGUUUCACAGCAACUGGCGAGAAAUGAUGCCACUGCUGUCCCUGCUCUUCUCUGCCCUCUUCAUUCUCUUUGGCACUGUUAUUGUCCAGGCUUUCAGUGAUUCGAGUGACACGAGGGACUCUCUUCCUUCUGAGAAAGAAGAAACUGCCACAAAGACUGAGAAGAAUGACACGAGCUUCAGCAAAGAGAGUAACAGCAGGAUUCCCAAGAAGGGCUUUGUUGAGGUGACUGAGCUCACAGACAUCAACUACAACAGUAACUUGGUGCGCCUGAGGCCGGGUCACAUGAACGUGGUCUUGAUCCUGUCCAACUCCACCAAAACUGCCCUCCUCCAGAAGUUUGCCCUGGAAGUCUACACCUUCACAGGGAGCAGCUCUCUCCAUUUCUCCUUCCUCAGCCUGGACAAGCACCGAGGAUGGCUGGAGUACCUGUUGGAGUUUGCCCAGGAUGCAGCCCCCAUCCCAAACCAGUACGACAAGCAUUUCCUCGAGCGCGACUACACGGGCUACGUCCUGGCUCUGAACGGCCACAAGAAAUACUUCUGCCUCUUCAAGCCCCACAGAUCAGGGGAUGAGGGGGGGACCCUGGGAUCAGGUGAGGAUUAUGAUUCCUCACUACACACAGAAGCCAGAGGGAAAUCCUCCUGCAGCCCGGGAUCUAGAUCCAUUAAAAACAAAUUACACAAAUUGUCCUUCUGGAUGGAACGGCUCCUGGAGGGCUCCUUACAGAGGUUCUAUAUCCCCUCGUGGCCCACACUAGACUGAGGGAUCUUAAAGAGAUUCUAACAGACAAACUUUUUAUGAAGAUGACAAGGGCCAGCCCUUUCCAGGAACACACACACUGAAGUGUGACAAAUGGACCUUAGGUUUUAGAUGAACUCUCCUCGGGCCAGCAACUAGAAAAUAUCUCCCCGUGUCCGGAGCCCGGGAGCGCAACCGAGCGUGCCGGAAUUCCCUCCACCAACUCCUUUGUGCAUUUGGACAUCCUACUACUGAAGAGCCAAGAAGUCUGGUUUUCCCUUCUUGUCCUGCCACAUCUGCUUCCUGAGUCACCCCCAUGUUCCAUCUCGUUUUGCCUCAGUUGAAGAACAACCUGUGACUUCUCUGCCGCGGUGACUCGGCCUGGGACGAACGCGGCCGGUGAUGCAGGUCGGGUCGUGGUUCUCUCUCCCCUUCCCCAUCUGCUUGGCCUAUGGUGCAUGGUGCAAGACCCUGCAGACCCUCCCAGGCCCUGCCCUCCCCAGAGGGCCUCCUCCCACCAGGCAGUCCUGCUCUGUCAGCGUUCCCCAUGGUAAGUGAUUUAGAGUUGGGAGCUUCUCCCUCGUAGCAAACCUGUAGCUGGGACUCACCCGUGGUGUGGGCUCGUAGGUGAUCUGCAUGGUUCAUGCUCCUCCUGUUCCACAUGCAGCUUCACCAGCCAGAUCAUAACCAGGGAGGGAAGGGCUUUUGCACGGCCAUAACUACUGUAAAGGUGUUGAGCCAUUUAAAUGUCACAUUGGUUUUUUCAGAUGCCUUUCUGCUUCUGUCGAGUUUAGAUGAUGUCUCCUAGAGCCAUAACUUUGUGUCCUCAGAUUGUAGGUGUGAGCUGCUAUGAGCCAGUAGAUGUGUAAAAACCAAACCUCUACCUAGAUGCUAGGAGGCUCAGUCUGGGCUCCUUUCCAACACCCUGACAUUUGUAGUACAAACCAACCUUUCUUUGUAUCAAGGAACCCAAUUCUUUGUCACUUGUAUUCUUAAAACGUUGCCCCAGCAGGGCUGUUGCCAUCCAACCAUCGCUUCCCUGUGGGUGAGACAUGGGGCUCAGACACUUGGUUUCAGCCUCUCACUUGUCCCCUUCUUGCCACAAGACUUGGUUUCUCAACACAGAGGUUGCUGCUGCCUUGUGUUUUUCUUUGUUGCAGUUGAGGGUUGUGGGGUUUUUUUCCCCUUUUUUAGAAGUCUGUGUGAAGCUAGCAGAGCCUUCAGGCCCAGGGUUUGGUUCCUCCUCUGCUCUAGCAGUGCUCCCAGCUCUGAGCCUGCUGCCCAUCCCCUACAAAAUCCAGGAAUGCUCAAGUCAUGUUACUGCCUACAUCAGGUAGCUGCUCACAAACCCUUGGCUUGCUGCAUUCCCCCUGCCCUGGGAGCAGAUGGGCACGAUGCCACCACCACCACAACUCUCCGUGUAAAUGUACUUCCAAAUAAAGGCUGCCAUGCUUCCACCCCGCCCUACCUGAGGUUGCUUCCUUUGAGCUCAGCAGCUUGCACGAAUGAGGCACUGAAGCAGAGGGAAGGAAGACAAGGUCUUUUCCUUGCCCAGGAGCUCUGAGGUGCAUCUGUACUGCUGAAAUAGAGCAGUAGGGGGAAUGAAAGCCCAGCCUGGUGCUGCUAGAUUUCAUUUUCAUUGGGCCGUCGCACUCUUGUGCUUCCCCCCUCGUGCAGGACAUGGUUAGAAUAAGGUUGUAGCCCUGUGGAAGGCUCCACAUCACUUUUUUUUUAAAUGCUUGCAGAAGCAAAAAAUAAUACUCUCUGGGUCUCUGAUGUCUCUUCAGCCAGUCAGUAACCAGAAGAACAACCCUUGACAAGUUGGAAGAAGUGCCUAGCUGUGCUACAGCCCUGCCCCAAGUAGGAAGAUAGGGCCUUCAAAAUACACUUGUGUGCUGCACAACUGCUGCAAUCCUUGUUUAAAUUUUCUUUUUAGCACAGAUGACCUCCCCUGUUAGCCUGAACCUUGUUUAAGGAGUGCUUGGAGCAGUCCACCCUGGCCAGCAGUAGUUGAGAUGGUUCCUGUUGAGCUUUAACUCUGCCCUUCCCCUCCUUUAACCAGGUCAGACUCAGCUUGUGUCGCUCUUUUAUGGAAAAAACUUCUCUCAUGGGCUGAAGCAGCUGUUGUCACCCCCUCAUUCAGCUACCUUUGGUGUCCCUCAUGGAGCACUGGGUGCUCACCUCCUUGUAGGAGAGCCCAAAGUCCAUCUGUCCUCUCCCAGCAGUCACCAUUCCCCAAUAAUCCCCUACCCUGCCACCUCCAGCGGUCCCGCACCACGGCCCGCCUGACCCUUCUGCUGCUUUGCAUCCCAAGACUGAGGCAAUCCAGCCCCAGUGCACUGUUCCAGUGAGAUCCCAGCACUCACACACCAAUCCCAAGCUGAUCCAGGCCCUCACUGAAGGGUUGUACCAAAACUUCUCCCUGCAGCCAGCGUGCAGGGGCUGCCUCCCCUCUGCAGAGCACCCAGAGAGCCAGGGCACCAACAGCCUGAGAAGCAGGACUGCAAACUAGGUACAUAUUUUGCACUUUUGAUACUGGGGAGGGGAAAUUAACUUAUUUGGCAAACAUGUCUUUUUUUCUUUUAAUUUCGGGUGUGUUUUUUUGGUCUCUUUUUCUUUUUUUGAUUUGUAUCUGUGAACAGGCACUGAUGUCAUUUUGUUUUAAGACAACUACAGAUUCGCAACCAAAAUAAACUAUUUUAAUGUGGGGA